AAAUAUUUAAUUUAAAGACGUCUCUUGAUUGACAGUAUUACGGAAAAUGUGACAGCUUGUGUCGCGAAUCGAGGGAUACUUUGGGGCAAAAUUUAGACUAGAGGAACGAACGACACGCACAGUUUGUUCUCUUCGAAACGACGAAACUUUGCGUAUUAAGGUUAAUUUAUUUAUUAAUUUGUCACGUAACGCGAGAGAUUGAUUUGUUUUCCCUUAACACGAUUAAAAGUAAGAGAGAGAAAACGGGCGUUGGUAGCAAAGACAUUUUUUGCGAGCGUUCUUUACAUUUUUUUUUAUAAAUCUAUCUCACUCGACAAUGUGCAAACUUUUUGUCUCUUCGAGUUUCUUGACUGACAAUGAUCCAAUAAUAGGUUCUAAGCGCAGCGCGCUCGCUUCUGCGUGGAAUUUUCUUCCGUGCCAACAUCCACUUUUGCCCUUGGCGGGCUCUCUCGCUCUGCCCUAUCGCUUUAAUUAGUCGAAUUCGCCGUAAAGGGGCUUUAACAACCAUUGUUAAAUCCGAUCGUACGCAUGGAAGUAAAGUGCAAGUGGUAACGGUGGCACGCGCUCUCUGUGAUCAAAUCCCGAUUGCCGCAACGUAUUUCAACAGUUCGAACCUUUCGCCUAGAAUCACCUUCUGUUUCCAGCUACAUAAUUCGAUUAGCUCGAUAUUUCGUACGGAUUCGUUGAAAUGAUUUUUCACGUCGAGAUACGCACCCGUUAUAAUCUUAUUUAUAGUCUUAGAACGGGACGAAUAUUGUGCGUACUUGAAAACGGAAUGCGAAUUUUUGUUUAAUCUGUAAAUUUUCACGCGAAAGAAAUCUCACCGAUAGUCAACAUUUGACGAUUAUCGCGUAGAUUUUCCUUAUAAUCGAUGAAAUCUUACAAUCUUAAUCAUCUAAAAGAAAUUGUGUUAUCAAAGUUAUCGAUUCGAGUUAUUUCAUUCUCUAAUAUUGUUAGAAAACAACUUCGAACGUGUAGAAUAUCCACGACAUUUUUCUGGAAAAUUUGUAUUCCCUUUCUUAUCGGGUCGUCAAAAUUGGUCACCUUUUCGGACAUUUUUUUUCGCGCUUUAAACCCGAGAUAAUUAGCCCCAAUCAUUUCCCAUCUUUCUUUUAUUUUUACAUUUCAUUACGUCGCGACACCUUGCCUCCCCCGCCCUCCCCUCACGCGUCUAACGAUGACGAUAAUAGCGUUUCCGCGAUCGACUCUUGCCUUGACAGAGACAGACCGCGUGACGUAUCGCUCGCGGCGAGAGGACGAGAAUACCGAAGACGUCCGUCCUCGUUUCUCGCGCCGCGCAGUCUGUCUUCGUCCGAGAACUGUAUCCGAUAUUCGGAGCGCUCGUGUUGUACGUACGUCAGAGAGACGUCGGAUUUUACAGCAACUUCAAUAAGAAGCCGUCGCAAUACCGUACUUGGAAUACGGUAAAUGCUAAGGUCUCUCGCAUUCAUUGCAAAUACCAGUGUGAUAAUUUUCAUCCCGGAUUCACACGUUGCUAUUUGCACGAAUUUGACGUAACGUUAAAUUUACGUAUUCCAUUUACCGUAAACAUAUGAAUUGCAGUCAUACGCAACGGAGACGAGGGAAAUAUUUAUUCCGCGACAAUCGUCAACAUUGACGAUCGAUAUUUGAAGAGGGAACAAAAUCGAAAGAUGAAUACGCAGUGAUCGAGUCUUCGAUUCCAAGUAAAUAAAUUCUGUCGUAAAAUUAUAUUAAUGCUUAUUGCAACAUUAUCACGGGCACGACUCUUUCGGCAAUACGGCCCUGCGCUCCAAGUAGCAUAGACAUUUGACGUUUCGCGAAGGUCGCGUGUUCCAGCUCUCCCUCUCCCUCCCUCUCUCUCUCUCCCUCUCACACGAUACACACACACACACACACACACACACACGCACACAAUCUGUCCGCGUCUCGCUCUAGUCUUUUUCUACUUAUUCUCCUUGUCUGCUUUCCGCGCAACGCGUACAUACGCACAUACACACCGUGCAUACGUUCCGACAUUUAACGAUCGUUACGCGUUCAAUUGUUCACCGUCGCCGUCGCCGGCGAGAGACUAGGCGACUUUCCGAACGAGAGCCGCGACGAUGUUUUCCGCGGCGCGUUAUCGGCGAACAUGACAUUGAGGAUCGGCCGAGAGAGAAUUGCAACGUAACGCAUCGCGGCGUUAGCCGCCGCUAUCGUAGAUACCGCGACAUCGCGAUGCGCCGCGCCGCGGCGUCGAUCAGCUGGCGUCGCUCCGUCUCUCUCUUUCUCUCCUCCUUGUUGCGCGACACCGACGACGGGCACGCUCGCCCGUGCUCCGUGUCGUAUGCGUAAAACCUGCCGCUAAUAGGAUGUGCAGACGCGCGUUAGACAUUUGCUUCUCGCGUGGAUUGUGUAUAGGAUGUGUCUUGGAAAUUCGUCGGGAGAUUUGCACCUGAGAGGCAAACCAAAUCAGGGUUGCGGGGUGCAGUUCAGACAUGGGAAGUGAGCAUUACUGCCUGAGGUGGAACAAUCAUCAGAGCAACUUGCUGGGUGUGUUCAGUCAACUGCUGGAGUCGGAGUCGCUGGUGGACGUGACACUGGCGUGCACGGAGGGACCGUCGAUACGCGCACACAAAGUAGUCCUCUCCGCGUGCUCCAGCUACUUCCAGGCCCUGUUCCUCGACCAUCCGAACCGUCACCCCAUCGUCAUCCUAAAGGACGUACGUUUCGCCGAGCUACGUACCCUCGUCGACUUCAUGUACAAGGGCGAGGUAAACGUCGAGUACUGCCAGCUAUCGGCCCUCCUCAAGACAGCGGAGAGCCUCAAGGUUAAGGGUCUAGCGGACAUGACGAAUAUCAACGCAGCGGUAGCAUCUAGGGAAGAGCAACAGCAGCAGCAGCAGCAACCGCAACCACAGCAGCAGCAGCAGCAGCAACAGCAACAUACGAGCACCUCCGACACGUCGCGGGAGCAUCAUCGAGAACGAGAUCGAGAGAGCAUAAAGGAGACGAGCGGCAAGGAUAGGGAGCGAGAAUCGAACGUCACCGCCGGAGUAUCGGCCGGUACCAAGGAAUGCGAGCAACAGCAACAAUCGAGCAACAUUGCUCAGAGUACCCCAAGCGAGCCCGCGGAGGCGGUGGACAUGACGGAUUGUUCGCCGUCGCCCGCGGGACCCGGUAGCCCGUGCCCGGGACCGCUGGCCCUCGACCGGCCCAGGAGGGACUCGGAAGACGCGGCUAGCCUCGAGGAGACGAGGGCCGGCUCCCUCAGCCCGAUCUCGGUGCACAGCGGACCAUCCGACAUGAGUCUCAGCAACAACACCGGCGGCGGCACGCCCGGUGGCGUGCUGCCGUUGAAUCUGCCGCAGAGCCGGCUUCCGUCCCCGCACAGUACCGAACCCCUCGCCGGUCCGUCGGGCUUGCCCCCGGUCCAGCAAGUUCCGUUGUCCCUGAAAAAAGAGAUGGACUGGGAAAGGUCGACCGAGGAGCGUAGCGCGAGCAGCGAGAUAUCCGCAGACUAUAGACUCCCACCAGAUCCGGUCUCGCUCGCCCUCGGCCUGGAAGCGGGCGGAUGGGGUGCGCUCGUGGAGCGGACGAGCGGUGGCAGCGGCGGCAGCAUCCUCGGCGGCUUCACCGGCCUAGCUGGACUGGCGCGUCGCUGCGGCGUCUGCCUGGCGACGUUCCCGUCGCCGUGGCUGCUGGAGCGUCACGCGUUGCUGCAACACGCCGGCCAGACCAGCGACGACAAGCCGUUCACGUGCGAGCAGUGCGGCCAGCGUUACCGCUACCGGUCCGCCUACGUGAAGCACCGCGAGCAGAAUCAUCGCGCGCGGCUACCGGCCGACAAGCUGUUUACCUGCGACGUGUGCGGCAUGCAGUUCAGGUAUCUAAAAUCGUUUAAGAAGCACCGUCUCAAUCACGCGCUCGAGCGGCUGCAGCGCGCGCCCGAGUCGCAGAGCACCGUCAUGGUGGUCUCGGCGCAGGCCGAGCGCAGCGAUCAGGUCUCGAGCACCGGCGAGCCGUCCCAAGUGGAGACCGGCAGCGACACGAAUCCAGGCGACGUCGAGGAGAUGCGCGGCGUGUUCUCCGAGAGCGUCCGCGGGGACGAGACGAGCGUCUCGGAGACCGCGAGCGUCCAGGAGAAUCCCGGCGACGCGGUGGAGGUGCAGAUAACGGAGACCCCCGCCGUCAUCAGCGUCGGGACCGGCGGAAGUGGUAGCGCCGGCGGGGGCGGGGGCGGCGGGGGCGGUGGCACCGGUGGCACCAGCAACGAGGUCGGCGACGUCGACGACAAUGCCAUCGAUGACGAUCGGUCGCACGAGCCAAGCGAGGCGAUCAUCAGCCUCGCUCGCGGUGGCACCCGCGAGGCCGAUCGGCGCGAGCGUCGCUUCGCCUGCCCGUUCUGCGGCAAAUGCGUCAGAUCCAAGGAGAACCUCAAGCUACACGUGCGCAAGCACACCGGCGAACGGCCGUUCGUCUGCCUGUUCUGCGGCCGUGCCUUCGGCGGCAAGAGCGACCUGACGAGGCACCUGCGCAUCCACACCGGCGAACGGCCGUAUCACUGCGAGAUGUGCGGCAAAUGCUUCGCCCGGGCCGACUAUCUCUCCAAGCACCUCACCACGCACAUCCAUCAGCGCUAACGCGAUCGCAGCUCGGCUUACUAACCAUCUCGGUGUCCUCGAAGCCGAGCAGCGAGCCAUGUUCCUCUUCCUCUCCCGGGCGACUCUCGAGGGUUAACGUCGUGGAAAAUUACACACGAAAAUAUGAUGCCGCGUUAAAACGAAGAACGUAAGCGAAAUUGAACGACGUUUACCGUCCGCUCAAUUGCGAAGUAUAUCGAGCGACAGGCGGGUAAGAAGUAUAUCUAGUCAAUUUACGCGCUCAACCGUAACUUUUCUCUAAUAAUGGUACUUGAAAGAUAGGAACUCGUGUCGUCUACUUGUCCGACUAACGAGAGCUACUACAAAAUGGUAGCGGCGAUAAUCCUCGGUGACGUUUAACCAACAGAGACGCUUCGAUAACGCACAUUAAAAUUCAAAUCUUGGAGUAUCUGAUUGUCCAUCACUGCAAAAUUAUCCCUCGAGUCUCAGUCCGUUCGCGAAGAAUAAUGGAGCGUCGAAUUAAAGGACUCCUACUGAGAGGAAAUAGAGGCAAACGAGAGAGAAAGAAAUACGGUCCAUCCAUCUUAGCCACCGGCCCAACAAGACGCGUCAAUUACGGAAAGAAUAGAGAUAAUGUGUAAAACAAUCGCGAUUAAGCGCGAUCCCUCAUCGCCUACGAUCCACCAGCGGCACGUCUGACGAUGAUUUCUGGAAUAUACGACAGUGAGACUAACUUGUGAUAAGGGAUAUGAGAAAUCCAAAGGGAGAAAAAGAAAAAAAAAAACCAAAGAACGCAACGACGCGGCGGGCGAAAGCCGACGGUCAAAGGCUUCCUUUUGUUGUCUUUUUCGUCUUCGUGCUCUCCAUCGACAAAGUGAUAUAUUUGUAAUGUAAUAGCUUAACCUCGAUAUACUCGGUGUGUACUCCGAUAUGUAAUAUAAUUCGCGAUGAUAAUGCCGCGUGGGCGAUAACGAUAAUUUUUCUCUACGCGAGCUCCGUGCAAACGCGAACACGUCGACGGACACCUUUUUUUCACUUUUACACGGAUGAUAUUCUAUUCCGUAUAAUUAGCCGAGAGAUUCAACUAAUAAUGAAUUCACUUUUCUCGAGGACUCACGGAUUAAUUUCGAAGGAAUCGGGAAAAGAAAAUAUUGAAUUAAAUUUUUAUUUAGAAUUCUCUAAAUUAAAUUUCUUUAAUUAAAUAUUCUCAGCUCUCUUUCUCGUCGAGAUUAAUUUUCUCGAGUUGUUAAAAGAGUGGGUUGAAACCUUCCAGGACUUCUUAACUCGAGGAACACCCCUUUCACCGCAAAAAAUAUACUUUCGACAAUUGGCGUACACGCGUGCACGGCAUGUUCGUGUCUAUGGAAACCGAGACGAGUUAUUAAAGUCCCGCAAUACCUACUCCAGACAUCUUUGAUUAUGUUGUCAGAAGCAAAGUGAGGCACGCAAACGACUUUUCGUGAUGAACUUUUUAAAAGCUAGGCAGUUUCUGGCCUAUUUUAUUAAUCUACUUUUUGUCGCGAGCAAACAUGAGAAAGGAAUAAAAUAAAAAAGGAAUAAUUCUCGUUCGAAUCAUAUCGCGAUAAAAGAACUGAAGGUUUAAAGUAUCGAUAUGCGAUAUCGGGAGAUGUCCUAAGCUUCGAUAUUAA